AUGAUUGAGAACAUUGUAAUAGCAACCGUUGAGUUCGAAGCUAGUCAUAAAGAAUGUAUGCGCGCGUUGCCAUACUUGCCAUGCGGUAGCGAAGUAGUGGUGGUUCAGCUGUUUGUGUUCAGCGAGUUUGGUUUACCAACUGAGUUGAAAUCUUCCGCUGAAGAAUACUUUAAAGAAAUGAAAGUGAAACUUGAAUUUUCAGAUCUGUAUAACAACGCUGCUUACGUGCUGGAAGAUACAUACGUCGAGUAUCCAUUCGACCAACCCAAGAGAUUAAAUGCGACUGACGCUCAUAACAUCAACCAAACAAUCAACAGUAACCUUCACCUGCUUGUCAAACAUCGCAAUAUCACAGCUGUGCAAGCCUCUUACAAAAUCCAAAAUUCCAAGCAGACGGAGACGCCUUGUAUCACCAUUUUUGUUCUUGGCAAGGGCUUUAUUCCGCUUGGCGAGUCUGCUUUUCCAUCCUUUCUUGGGCAUUACCCAGUGGAUAUUGUGAAUGGAUUUUGGUACAGAACGAUGGAGAUGUGGACACCAACGAAAACACAAGAGCCAUGCAAUGAGCUCCGUUUUGGAACAAGUAUCGGUGUAAAAGGAAAAGAAGAAUCUGGCACUUUGGGCGCUAUUGUAAAAGACAGCAGCAGUGGUACUUUUUAUGCACUGUCCUGUAAUCAUGUGAUGGAAACCACGACGGAAUCAGAAAUAAUCCAUCCUGGACAGAAUGACUACCUGAACUAUCUUAACUAUCACUUGAGUGAAUAUUCGGUGUGGAUAAAUAACACUCGUUCUUGGGACCAGCCAAGAAUUCCGUUUAAGUUCCUUAAAAACACAGCAGAAUUGUCAGCGAGGUUUGACAAGCUUAAUCAGAUCAGACACAAUCAUCUCGACCCUGAUAAGAAGACACCAAGUAACGUACAGUUGACUGACUUCCAUAAACACUGUCUUGAGGAAGGCUUAGCGCAACCACCCAGAGUAAUAGGAAAGUACGUCGCUGGUGUUUGCAAAAAUGAAACUUGGAAUGGUGUUGAAUACUUCAUUGACGCUGCCGUAGCUCAACUGACUGAAAAAGAAGUCGAAUUAUUAAAAUCUAGCAAGAUAUCUCAAAUAAUUGGAACGGGACUCAAACCCAACGGUGAAUGCAGUCCAGUUUUAAAUGCCACAGAGUCGGUAGGCGACCUUUGUAAAAGUGGUCGAACAACUGACUUUACCAGCCCAGGUAUUCUCUUUGAUAUAACAAUACUUCAAGACACCUUUCACAAAGCAAACGGUCGUUUGGUCAAUGCGUUUAGGCGGGUUAGUUUCUGUCAAAAUUGUGCAAUGAGGUGUGGUGUGACACCAACUUCAAAGUCCGCUGCUCGCCCUUCUUGUGAUUCUUGCAGAGAAGACACAGCCGUUUUACUCAAGGAUCUUUGGCGCAAGAACUGUUUGGGCAUUAAGCAUCACUCACAGAGAUCAUUUUCAGAAGAAGGAGAUUCGGGAGCGGUGGUCUUUGAGAGAGCCUCUAAGAAGGAGAGAGAGGAAGCUGCGAAGCAGGCGGAGAAAGCUGCGGAGGAGAGAGAGAAAGCUAUGGAGGAGAAAAAGAAAGCUGCUGAGGAGAAAGAGAAAGCUGUGGAGGAGAAAGAGAAAGCUGCGGAGGAGAGAGAGAAAGCUGCGAAGGAGAAAGAGAAAGCUGCAGAGGAGAAAGAGAAAGCUGCGAAGGAGAGAGAGAAAGCUGCGGAGGAGAAAGAGAAAGCUGCGGAGGAGAAAGAGAAAGCUGCGAAGGAGAGAGAAAAAGCUGCGCAGGAGAAAGAGAAAGCUGCGAAGGAGAGAGAAAAAGCUGCGCAGGAGAAAGAGAAAGCUGUAGAGGAGAAAGAGAAAGCUGCGAAGGAGAGAGAAAAAGCUGCCGUGGAGAAAGAGAAAGCUGCGAAGGAGAAAGAGAAAGCUAUGGAGGAGAAAAAGAAAGCUGCUGAGGACAGAGAGAAAGCUGCGGAGGAGAAAGAGAAAGCUGCGCAGGAGAAAGAGAAAGCUGCGGAGCAGAAAGAGAAAGCUGCGAAGGAGAGAGAGAAAGCUGCCGCGGAGAAAGAGAAAGCUGCGAAGGAGAGAGAAAAAGCUGCGCAGGAGACACUGGAAUUUGUAGAGAACCUGUUUGGUUUUGGGAUUAUUUUUGGAGAAAUGAAACACGUAGGGAUUGACCGUCGUGUAGCUUUAGCUUCGCCAUUACAAGUUGCUCUUGAUGCCUUGUCUAACGCGAUCUCUAUCAACAGCCAGUUGAAACUGGUGUCAGACUAUAGAAAGUAA